CUUAAUAACUGUUAAUAAAACAUUUAAUAAUCAUCACAUUGAUACUACAAGAUGUCAUAUCCUCAGCAGUGGCUCAAGUCUACUUUCUCCUCGCGGCCACGCACCGUCGAACUCUUACAGCCAGAGUUAGAGAAAGGCGUCAUCACAAAACACGAUUUUGAACUAGCGACCAGAUUCCUGCCUGGAGUGCACAGACACUGGCCUGUGAUAUAUGGGGUCGGGGCUGCAAGCAUCACCCUUGGUUAUGGGCACUCCAUAGCGCGUCCCAGGUGGUCUCACCCAAAGCUUGCGUGGGGUUCGAGCGCUGCCAUCCUCGUCGGGUUGCUUUUUGGCCGAGUCAGACAAGUCUUGGCCCACAAACAGUUCACAGAUGCUCUUGAAAACCCUGCAGGCUUUAUAGAAGCGUUGAGCAAUGUUGACCGCAAACUUGGCGGUAAUGGGCAGUUGGGCUUCACGCUUACACGAAUACGAAAGGAUGCUGCACAUUUGGACAACAAUGCUACUUCCGGGACUAGUCAAGAGCAUGGCCCUGAGAUGGUCAGCGAGCAGAAUUGGAAGGCAUCUUGGUCUCAAUCCGAUGCCCCUUCACCCCAAGCAGCUCAACCAAAGAAUCGUUGGGAGGAAAUACGUGCAGCAAACGCACGCUCUGCUGGUUAUGUGUCUUCGUGGGACACUAUCCGACAACGUCAUGAACGGAACAGAUUACCUCACUCAACGUCAUCGCCGAGUAGCGACCCACCAUCGUCUGGAAUGGAUGAUCGAGCAACAGAGCAAGCCAAGUUUGACGCUAUUCUAGAGGCCGAAAGAAAGAGAGGACAGUCACAGGACUUUCGUGAAUUUGUCUGAUGCUAAUGCACCGAUGAAAUAUUUUUUUCAAUAAGUAAUGAGAACCAGCCACCAAUAAUUCAAUGUAUUCUAAGUAAGUGGAU